UAAUCUAUGUGUAUAAGUCAUUGAAUCCAGUCUUUCUCAUAGUUUUGAAUUUAUAUAAAAUUUAUAGGUUGCAAAUUUAUAAGAUUAAAUAUCUAUUAACUUAUAACUCUUAAAAUCAAUAUUAAUACCCUAUUACUACAGUAAAUAACAAUGGAUGACGAUGCGGAAACAUAUAAAUUAUGGCGUAUUAGAAAAACUGUUAUGCAGCUUUGCCAUGAUCGAGGAUAUUUAGUAACUCAAGAUGAAUUGGACCAAACAUUGGAGCAGUUUAAAGAGCAAUUUGGUGAUAAACCAAGUGAAAAGCGGCCUGCUCGCAGUGACUUGAUUGUAUUAGUAGCUCACAAUGAUGACCCCACAGACCAAAUGUUCGUGUUCUUCCCAGAUGAACCCAAAAUAGGAAUUAAAACUAUUAAGACUUAUUGUACUAGAAUGCAAGAAGAGAAUAUUCAUAGAGCUAUUGUGGUAGUUCAAGCAGGCAUGACACCUUCAGCAAAACAAUCAUUAGUGGACAUGGCACCAAAGUAUAUUCUAGAACAAUUCCUAGAGUCUGAAUUGCUGAUUAAUAUAACAGAACAUGAAUUGGUACCAGAGCAUAUAGUGCUUACUCCUGAUGAAAAACAAGAGCUGCUUGCUAGAUAUAAAUUAAAGGAGAACAUGUUAAUGAGAAUACAGGCUGGAGAUCCUGUUGCUAGAUAUUUUGGACUUAAAAGAGGACAGGUGGUGAAAAUUAUAAGAUCGUCAGAAACGGCUGGAAGAUACAUUUCAUAUAGAUUAGUUUGUUAAGUCUAGAUUUAUAAUUACUUGAAUAAAUUCCAUUUUAUACGAA